AUGUUCGCAGCGGAGUCAUGGUGGUCGGACUACCAUGGUGGAAGGCAGUCGGAGCACCGAUGGAGUCUCAGGGAGACAACAGAUCCGUUAGAUGACGGACGGGAGAAUAGACAGGAAGAAGCGUUUUUAGGGUUUUGCAAAAUUGGCCUAAAAUUGACAAUUGGGCUGAAACUAACACCUUGGGCUUACAUAAACCGAAUCAGGAAAGCGACUUGUUUAAAGAUUACCAAAUCAAUCCCACAAUCUGCAACCUUGGCACCGAUUCUCACGUACGCAUCAACCCUACCCUUGUCAAUUUCACCGUUUCCUACCGAGGAGCUACAAGAUGGUUCAAAGAAAGACAAAGUGAUUGGGAAAGGUCCUGUCACUUUUCCUUGGAGUUUACGUGACAAUAUUAAUGACGGAAACGAUGUUAAUACAAUUGCUGAAAAUGAUGAUCAGGAAGAACAUAAGUCUCAACAUGAAGAUAACAACAGUACAGUAUCAAGUCCAUGGGCACCAUUGAUGGAGGUGGUGCAUACAACUAUGUCAGGUGAAUGUGUUUAUGGUGGUGCAAUGGGGAUUAAAGCUCUGACAUGGAUGCAAAACCCACAAGUUAGCUUUGUUAAACUAUCUGAUCCUGCUUGGUUGAAUGAUUUUUCUCUAACCAGGCAGGUUCGUUGCAAGGCUACUCUGGAUGUAGUUGUUACACUACAAGAAAUUAUGAGAGUAAUUGCUACUAAAGUCCCUGAAGAAAUUGAUGCAGAUUUACAUGAUGGUAGUUUGUGGUUGCUACGUGACGGUUGUAUUGGGUGUUACAAAGAAGAAAAUUUUGAGGGAGAUGGGAAAGUGCUCGAAAGGAUGAAGAAACAUGAGGUUCCUAUAACCCUUGGAAUGUACAAUAUCAGGAUUCAGAUCUUGUGUAAGCUUAAAAAGACCAUUCUAGCUAGAGCGUUACUCAAUGGGCUUAUAUCAACAAACGUGAAGCCUAAUUCAAUUACUUACAGUCAUUUUAUUCAUGGAUAUUGCAAGGAGGGGAAGUUAGUUGUUCUAAAGAGAGCUAUGUUUGAUCCUUUUGACACAGGCAAGAAGAUGCACAACACCAAGUCGCACAUGAGAAGGGUGUUUAUUAUGAACGACUGCAACGAGCGGAUGCAAAAAUAUCUUGGUCCCUUGGGGAAUGUUGUGGAUUCCUAUGACUUACUAGUCAACAGUUCCCAUGAAAGGCUACACCGGAACAAGAUUCUGCAAGUUAUCAAGAAGAAACACAUUGAAAUGUUCAGCAAGAUUGUUGAAAACAAGAAAGAUGGAGAAGCUGUGGUGAUAUCUAAUGAGAGGAAUUCUGCACCGGGGAGAACUUCUCACUCUGAAUUUAUGGAGGAGGGUAGCUGUAGUGAGGUUAAAGAAUCAAAAGAGAGUCAAGUAGAAGUCAUUAUACAGUGGAAGGGCAAGCUUAUAUCGGAAGUUACUUGGGAAGAAUUCAUAACUCUGCCUUACGUUUUUUCCUUUCACCUUGAGGGCAAGGUGCAACUUUUGGGAUGGGGUAUUGCUAAGGCUUUAGUCAAGUUUAAGAAGGCUGAUGGUUCUAGUUUCCAAUAUUUACCCCCAUGUUUGAUUAUUCAUGAGAAUGGCAAUACUGAUGAAGCUGUUAAGUUGAUCAUGGGUGCAAUGGAACAAAUCAUGGUAAGGCUGAGGGCAAGAAGAAGAGGCCAAUUGAGAGAAUUUGGAUGGUAUACACUAUUUGUAUCCACCUUAAGGACAAGGUGGUUCUUUUAA